GCAGCGAAAGGUGGCAAAAAAAAGAAGCAGGUGUUGAAGUUCACCCUGGACUGCACCCACCCCGUGGAGGAUGGCAUCAUGGACGCCGCCAACUUUGAGCAGUUCCUGCAGGAAAGGAUCAAGGUGAAUGGCAAAGCGGGAAACCUGGGCGGGGGCGUGGUGACCAUUGAGAGGAGCAAGAGCAAGAUCACGGUCACGUCGGAGGUCCCGUUCUCAAAGAG